AUGCAGACAGGGCCUUGGGCGGCGCCGCGUCUCUGCCGUGUGCGGCAGGCGGAUUUGCGGGCUUACCUGCUGGCUGACACCGCAGCUGCGCUGCCGCCCCCGCCGCCCUCGCCACCCCCGCAGAUCGGCGCCCGUGCAGCCGUCCCGGCCCCUUUGUGCAUGCGUCCGCCCGCGUGUCUCCAUCGCGGCAGCCACCGCUGUCCACCGGCAGCCAUUCAGAUCACGUCACAAAGUGGCCCGGCGCCGCGGUGUACCCUACCACCACCAGCGCUGUACGCUGCUGCCGGCGGGGCGCUGGAGGGCCUGAUUAAUGAGUUAUCUGCUGCAGGUCCACUAUUCGUGUCAGAUCCUCGAAUUGUUUGA